UGCAGACAAAGUUAACAUCAACACCUUAGACGUUCGUCAUCCAGUAGGGCACCAAGAAAAUCAACAACAACAACCUAAGACGUUUUAUUUUGCAUUUUUUUAAGAAUCUUGAUUUGUAUUUUUGUAGCACUAAUGGGAUUUUUCAAAAACUUUAUCUAAUAUGGGUAAAGAAAAGAACUCUAGCAAAAGUAAUCUGCCCAAAAUGAACCAUAAUUCUAUGGUGCAAAAAAAAAGAAAAUUGAAGACUACCGUUAUUUUGGUCAAUAGCAACACAACUAAAUCCGAUGGUAUAAGAAGUAUUGUUGCGUCAACGAGCGGAGGGAGAUCAUCUAAACAACACCACGAUGUUACAACAUGCACUCAAGAGUGUCAGCCUUCAAAAAAUUCAAAGAACCAUACACUGCAAGAGAUGCAUAGAAAUGUGAACCAAAAGCUAUCUGCAUUUAGUGGUGAAGAUGUGAUGGAAUGGGAGCCAACAGAAAAGGAAGUAAUGGAAACUCUUCUUGAAAUGCGGAAAGAUUUUUCUGCUAGAAAAACCUUUAGUUGUAUUGAAAAUUCAACCAGAAGGUUGGAACCAAAUUCUAAUGUUGCUGCACACCUAGUUAUUGAUACCAACAUAUUCCUGUCACACUUGCCAAUUGUGAAAACAUUAACAGAGAACAAGGAAUUUAGUUCCAGAGUGCAAAUUCUAGUACCGUGGAUGGUAUUACAAGAACUUGAUUUCAUGAAAAGCAACAGACAGAAUAAGAUCAAUUUGGAAACUGUUGCAAGAAAAGCUGCAGCCUUUAUUCUAGAGCAAAUAAAUAAAAAAAACAACUUCUUCAGAAGUCAAACACUUACUGAGUUCAAAAAUUGUAUCAAUCUGCUACCUGAUGAGAAUGCUGAUGAUAAAAUCCUUCAGUGGUGCCUUUACCUUAAAAAUGAAAUGUUGUCUGAUAUCAUUCUUCUUUCAAAUGAUGUCCUCUUUUGUGCCAAAGCAUCUGCCAAUGGAAUACAGCCAAUGCAGUCAGCAAAUUUCAUUCAAAUAUUGCGGCAAAUGCUUCUGGUGCAAACCACCUGUGGCUCAGGGCAAGGUCUAACUAAUUUUGUGAAGGAUACAAGACAUUUUUCAGAAGAUGCCUUAAAUGAGACACCUGGUAGAACAAGUAACCACCAACAAGGGCCUUGCAGAGAAAACAAAGAUGUGUGUGCAGCAUCAUUCCUAUAUCAAUUCGAAGAAUGCAUUGUGGAUUCCAUAAGCCAGCUGCUUGAAUAUGAGAUGAAACAAGUUUACGAAGACAUUUGGCACCAGAUCGUCUUAAUAAAGCCGCCUUGGAACCUUCGUGACCUUCUACGUUGCAUAGAUAAGCAUUGGAUUGCCGUGUUCGGAUACAUUUAUCCUAAAGACAUGCACCAGAAACUGAAUCAUCUUAGCAACAUGUGGAAAAAUAUAAAAACGAAGAAUACUGUGAAGCAAGAAGAACGUGAGAUGAUUCUCCAAUCGUGUAUAUGCAUCUUACAGUUGAUACAAAGAACAAGAAAGCAGUUCCAUUACACUCUGCAAAAGGCAAUUGAUGGACUUCAAGGUUUGCUACAGCAAGAUGCAAAGCUAAACGAUGCUUUCAUUCUAGAUCUGUUUACUCGUGUGUGGGGCCGAUUCAACUUUAUUUGCGGAACGCUGUCUGAUGCUGUUGGUGUAGCCCAUCCCGGCAUUCAGUAUGAACCCGACUCAACUGUUCCAACUUUUCAAGAAGUUAGGGACGGGUUACAGAAGUUAAAACCUCUUUUGCUUAGAACGGAGGGCACCAUGUCUAGUUUCUUGCAAAACAGCGGAACCUCUCCAAUGUGUCGGGUUACGUUAAGGCAGGACAACAGUUUACUAGAUUUGUCUCAUUGCAUUCUGUUGUCCAUCAGCGAGCUCGGUUUACAGGUAGAAGAAACCGCUACAGCAGCAUCUUCCUUGAGCCGCGCCAUGGCUCACUUCGCAUCAAAUGCACAGCAUAAACAAAAAAUGGAAGUCGGACUGGAGCAGCUACGAGUUUAUAUUCGCGUGUUGGAUUCCGUUGCUUCCAAGUUGCACUGAGCUGCCUUAUGUUUCACUCUUGAUUCUUGUACAAUUUCAUUCAUGUUUAUUCUCAACCCCGCAUACAUAUUACACGGAGGAAAAAAUU